GCAAAGGAGAUCACAGUAUGUAACGAAAGUUAAAGAGUUCAAAUAAACUUUCGAGAUCAAUCUAUAAAAGUACAUUUGCUUUUAUGUCAUUUUGCUUUUUAUAUAUUAACUAAAAUAAUUAAUUAAAUAAUUACAUCAAUCAAUUGAAAAUUGAUAUAUUUUAUUCAGAUAUCUAAGGAAGAAGCUAAAAUGAACAAAACUAGACAAUUAGAAGAUAAAAUGAAACAACUCGAAGCGGACAAUGAAAGACACAAAACUUCAUUAACACACGUUAUGAAUGAAAUGUCAGAGACAAAACAAGAAAACAAACAAUUGAAAGAAAAUUACUUAAAGGUGCAAAUGGAGAUAGACCAAAUGAGAUCUUUUAAAGAUGAAGAUAUAAGAAAAUACAAAGAAUUUCAAUUGAAGCUGAAGACACCUGAAACAGAUAUGGAAAGACAAGCAAUGAGCUCGUUAGUUGUGGUUGCCAUUGAUUUGGGGACAACAUACUCAGGAUGGGCUUUUUUAUACAAUUCUGACCACAAACGAGAUACUCUGAAGAUAACAGCAAAGGCCGCUCAAAACCAAUAUGUAUCACUUAAAGUUCCAACAUGCAUUCUUAUAAAUCCUGAUGGGGAAACGCCACAUUCUUUCGGUUAUGAAGCUGAGGACAAUUAUGCUGAAAAAUGCGAAAACGGGGAACAAAACCAAUGGUUCUUCUUUAAAAGAUUUAAAAUGAUGCUUUUUAGAGAAAAGGUCAUGACAAGCCAUGCUGAACUAGAAGAUCAGACUGGUAAGAAGCUCCCGGCAUUGAGGGUUUUCUCGCUAUUCAUUGAUUUCUUAAAGAAGGGUGUUCUUGAUACUCUAAGUAAUCAUGUUGGUAACACAAUUAUUGCGUCAGGCAUACACUGGGUGCUUACUGUCCCAGCAAUAUUGACCGAUACAGCUAAACAAUUUAUGAGGGAGGCAGCACAACAGGCUGGGAUUCCAGAAGAGAACCUAAGUUUAUGUCUUGAACCAGAAGCCGCAUCCAUUUAUUGUCGUCAUCUUGCAGUGUCAAAGUGUACCAAACAAGAAGUUACAUCUAUUUCCCAGUUUUCACCAGGAACAAAAUAUCUUGUCCUUGACGCAGGAGAAACAGUUGACAUAACUGUACAUAAAGUAACUCACAGAGGAAACUUCGAGGAACUCCAUAAAGCAAGUAGUGGUGCAUGGGUUGGAACUAAAGUAGAUGAAGCUUUUGAAGAGUUUCUAACAAGUAUUUUUGGACCGGUUGUCAUCUCAAAAUUCAAAAGUCAAUAUAUACAGGAUUACAUUGACUUUUUUCGUGCAUUUGAAAGCAAAAAACACAAAUCUAUUCAAUCUACAAGAUCCGUGACUAUGCGAAUCCCAGUUAGCCUUUUUGAGUUAUGUCUAGUACUCAAAGAAACAGAAUUAAGGGAAUUGAUUCUGCAGUCUAGAUUUGAAAGCAAAGUCCAAGUUUUAAGAGAUAAGUUGAGGAUUGAUUGUGAGGUCUUCAAAGAGUUUUUUGAACCAACCGUUCGCAAAAUAAUAAGUCAUGUUGAAAAUAUAUUGACGGAAUGUUCAGUUGAUGGUUGUGCUGCCAUUCUAAUGGUUGGUGGAUUUUCUGAAUCAUCGGUGCUGCAAAAGAAUGUAAAGUCUACAUUCAAAGAUCUUAAAGUAAUCAUUCCAUUCGAGGCAAAUUUAGCGGUUUUGAAAGGAGCUGUCAUCUUCGGACAUCAGCUUGCAACAAUUACUGAAAGGAAUUGCAAGUAUACAUAUGGGGAGAAACAACUCAUAGGUACAAUGAUAGAUGCCUAAUUCUGACAGAAGCUCUGGAAAAAAACAUUAAUUUGAAAGAAGUUUCAUUUUUGGAGGAACCGAGAUAGUUGUAAAAGUCGUUGACAAGGAGUCCGGCGAAAUGAUGCUAAAAUCUGUCGAUUUUCUUGGAUAGAAUAUAACCAAACUAAAUCAAAUCACUAAAACAGACAUUACUACUAUUCAUUGUUUAAUUUGUUUGCUAGUAUCAGACAACGCUAUUCUUUGAUAUACGGAAUAAUUGUAUCAGUAUAAUAGUUUUGUUUUAUUACUUAAAGCACAUUGUGUAAAUAUCACAAGCCUUACAUAAUAUUGCUGAAGAUUGCUUCUUAUAUUAUAUAUAUACUUUAAUUUUGUAAGGCACUCCGUUCAUUUGCUGCCGUGGACGAGAAACAUUUUGACGGCAUUUGAGUGCACUUUAUAUAGUGACAUCUAUUAAGUUUACUAACUAUAAAAUAAUAAAAUUAUUUAAGUUAGAAAAUGCACUGAACUGUAAAAGAAAUAUUAAUGUUAAUGACAAUACAAACUUCUAAAAUUAUCUCAAUUCUUUAGUUCUCAAUUAUAAAGUAAAAUGUAUUACAUAAGAAAUUGUGUUAAAUUUUUUUUUCAUUAGUAUCAUUUUAUUAUAUUUAACAUUUCCAUAUAUGCUUUCACUGAAGUCUUUUAUAAUAAAUGUAUAAAUCAAGAGAGUAAACUUACACAAACUAUUUACUCAUUUAUUAUAAAAUCAAGUAUAGAGAGUAAAAGCAAAAUAACACAAAAAGCAAUUGUGUCUGUUGUAAUUGCUUUUAAAUAAUUUUAGUCAUAUUUAACCUGUUGAAUUUGUGUAAAGGAUUUUACUGCUUUGAAUUAAUAACAGUCCAAAUAAAUAUCAAAGGGAUUCAAAUAUCAUAAAACAACAUUGAGCAACCGUCAGUAUAGAGUACGGAUGUGUAGGCUAGAUUGGCUGUUAUCGAUGACAAAGGCUUAUCAUUUUCCGUUCCAGUAUAUUAUGUUUAAACGAUUAUGACCUUUGAAAGUUAAAGUAUUUUAGCCAUUAGUCUGGUGAACUAAAAACCGCUACGUGUACGUUUAUAUAGUUGUAAUGUACUUGGUCGAUUCGUAAAACUUAUUGUAUCUAGUGAUAU